AUGAAUAUCGGGCCCGGGAGCGGCAGGGCCGCGCGCUACCAGCCGACGCCGCAGGUGCAGAAGAAGGAGUUGGUGCACCGUAACCCCAACCACGUCGCGAAGGACGUGUACGACGCGCAGUGUGGCGAGAACCCCCUGCUGGACCGGCUGUACAGCGACGGCGUCGCCAGCGGGGGCCGGCUCGGCGUGCCGAACCGCCUGGCGCAGGACGUGCCGUGGACGCCGGCGUUGGUGCGCGGCCGGCCGUCGCUGGGGGAGGACUCCGCGACGCUGAAGAGCGCCCCGGGGACACCCCGCGCGGAGGCCCCGUCGUCGCAGCCGCCGUCCCCGCCCCACCGCACCCUGCAGCUGUACCAGCAGCCCAACUACCACGACCGGGAACUCCGGCGGAUCCUCACCUCCAGCUGCGCGGAGAACAAGGCGGCGACCUUCUCGCUGAGGCAGGCGCCGUCCACCUCCAUCCGACCGAAGCCCCCCGCCACCGCCACGCACGGGCAGGCUGAGAAGGAGAAGACGGACGGGGGGGAGGGCAAGUUGGCACGGACGCGGGCGGGCGGUAUCCCGCGUUUCACAAAGGCGCGGUCAAACGCACCGAACGAGUUUACGUAUCUUGUCAUGCGACCGAGAGGCAUCCGCGAUCCGUACAACCCGUACGAGCUGCAGGUGGUGUCGCACAAGGAUAUUGAUCCCACGCACUACUACACCCUUUCGGCGGCGGGUGUGACGAAGUUUAACGGGCAUGAAGCUGAAUUCAUCGAGCUGCACACCUGGGAGCGUGACUGUCGCAUUUUUAAUCAGUUGAGCCAGUUGGAGGUUUUUCGUGACUACAAGAAGUGGAAAAGCUUUCUCCUCUGGCGCGGACUUGUCCGUAACCACGCCAUCUCGAACUGCAAAACAUUCCUUACAAAGAAUCUGUUUCACGUGCAUCCGCACCUCUCCGCCGCGCUGCGGACGGUGUGGCGCAUGUGCCUGGACUGUCUUACCAACAACAGAAUGCACCUCGCAGCGACGGAGACGCGUACGUUGGAGGCCUUUUGCGCGGCGGCGGCGACACACUUGAAUUUUCAGCGCAAUCGCCUGGAAAAGAUGCUUAAGGGGAUUCGCGACACGGUGGAGCGUGCGUGCAAGGCGGCAAUGUUGGCCGCACAGAUGGAGCGCGAGAGUGUGGGCGCCCUCCACGCCGAGGACGAGAAGAAAAAGAAGAAGCUCAUUGAUGUUCGCGAAUUGGGCACACAGCAGAAGCCGACGUACAUUGAGAUGUCGCAAAAGAAGGCCGUCUGCCAGCGCCUCACGGCAUUCAUUCGUCUAUGCGACUACAUUAUCAUUCACUGCCUGACAAAUUUGGCCGCAAGGGCCGUGGAGGACGUGUACCACGACUUUUGUUACCCCAAACCCGUAGCUGCGGUGGAAACUCCGAAGCGGCGUCCCUCGCAGCCUGCGGCGAAGUCACGGCGACAGGAAGCCCAUGCCAAGGCGGAGGCGCAGAAGGCACCAGCGCAAUUUGACGGGCCCGUGCUGAGUCUCAGUAUCCUGUACAAUGAUAACGAUGAAACCAUAGGCAUCACCCCCACCCUUCCGCACAUUGUGGAGUGUGUGGAAGAUAUUGUAAAGGACUACAUCAAAACCCUGAGCGCGGUCCCACGCCUAGUGCUAAUGGACACCUUCAAGGUGUUUACGGAGUACGCUGCAGAUGACUCCCAGAAGGAACCUUCUGCUGGUCCCGCCGUUGGUGAGAUGAUCGUCUCGGAGGAGGCGUACAAGCAAAAUAUGGUGUCGAUACGCGAGGACAUUGAAAAGGCUUACGGUGUUGUGGAGGAGUACAUGAACACCUUUCAGUGCUUCAGGGACAUGUAUGUGGAGAACUCUCGCCUUGACGCCGAAGAAUUGCAGCAGCGCAGUACAGGCCUGGAAUUCUUCCGUGAGCGCCUCACCCUCUACAAGGCCCAAAGUGAGGCUAUUACGAGUAAGAUCCCCAAUUCCAAGGACGUGGCGCUCUUUACCGUCCACACAGAGAGCCUGCGCGACUUCUUCAGUCCAAGCCCGUUGGACUGCAUUGAGACGUUGCAUCAACUUCUCCCCGUCAUUGCGCACCAGCAGAACGAGCUGCUGUUGGCCGAUUUGCAGGGUUGCAAUGCGUACCUCUCUGCUCACCCCAAGACUGUGGAGCACUAUGUAGAGUACCUCGCCUAUUACAAGGCAUUAGAAGCGCGCUUUGACACCAUUGCCGCUUCGUACGAUUUUAUUCGUGAGCUGUUUAACUUACUUCAGGAGGAAAAGGUUCAGAUUGACGAAGACGUGGAGGAGACCUACCGGAGUGGGACGCGGCCCCAGUUUGAAAAGCUACGGACGUUGAUGCAGAUUGUUGAGGACGGCAAGGACGCACAGCAGCGUCUAUUUAUCCGCAACGUGGAUGAGCAGAUGGAGGAGCUGCGCCACCGCAUCGAGGACGUGUACGACCGCGCCGGGCAGCCCAUCAUCGCCGACGAUAAGGCGGACGUGGCCACUGUGAUUGACUUCAUCACGAAGCUGCAGUCGGAGGCGGAGGGCAUUGCCGCACGGGAGAAGGAGCUCCGGCAGUUUCAGAUUGCCAUUGGGGGCGAGGAGACGACGGUGGAGUCCAUGACGGAGAUGCUCAACGACGUGAACAUCAAGGCGCGGCUGUGGGUGGGGCUGCGGGACUGGGACGUGUUCACGGAGGAGCAGGCGCUCAUCCCCUUCGAGCAACUCGACGUGCCGGCGGUGCAGGAGACGGUGCAGAAGUACGUGACGACCGUCAAGCAGGUGUCCUCCAAGUUGCCGGGCAAUGCGGCGGUGUCGCGGCUGAAGUCAAAGGUGGAGGAGUGGCGCGUCAUCAUGCCCAUCCUGCUGGCUCUCACCAACCCCAAGCUGAAGCUGGAGCACACGGCCAAGGUGUCCCAGGUGGUGGGGUUGCUGCAGGAUGAGAACGGCACUUCCAGAACAAUGGCGGACUGGAACAACCAGUUCACGCUCGGCAUGCUCCUCGCGAACAACGUCGUGAGGUUCAAGGACGAUAUUGUCGCCAUCAGCGCGGCGGCGACGGAGGAGGACAAGCUGCAGCAGCAGAUUGACAAGGUCAACGCCCUCUGGAAUGGCGGCGGUCCAAAGCCGCCGAUGGAGUUCCAGUUCCACAACCACAAGGACGUCAAGGACCUCUACACGCUCGUCGGCGCCUCCGUCGAGGAUGUCACCGCGUUGCUUGAGGACUCCGCCAUCGCCAUGUCGACGAUAGGCUCAAGCCGCUGCUGCCAAGGCGUUUUGCGUGCCCAGGUGGAUCGCUGGGAACACCGGCUUCGGUACAUGCAGGAGACGCUUGACCGCUGGGUCGAGCUGCAACGCAACUGGAUUUACCUCGAAAACAUCUUCUCCUCCGCGGAGAUUCGCAGUCAAUGGAAGGACGAUGCCAAACGCUUUGAAAAGGUGGACCGCUUCUUCCGGGACUUGAUGCGGAAGGCGCACGACAUGCCCACCGCCUACCGUGGGCUGCUCAUCAAUGCGCCGGUGGAGACGGGCGACGCCACCACCACCAAGACGCUCAAGCUGGACCUUGAAAACAACAUCAAGGAGCUGGAAAAAGUUCUGGCGAGCUUGGAGCGCAAGCUGGAGGAGAAGCGCUGCGCCUUCCCGCGCUUCUACUUCCUCAGCAACGAUGACCUGCUUGACAUUUUUGCCAAGGUCAAAACCCCGGAGUUGAUUAUGCCACACAUGUUGAAGAUGUUCGACGGCAUCAAAACCCUGUCCUUCCUGGAGUCCAACGACAUCACACACCUCGUAUCAAUGGAGGGGGAACGGGUGGAGCUGGUCAACAAGGGCAUCAAGGCACGCGGCCCGGUGGAGGUCUGGAUUGACAUGCUGGAACGUGAAAUGUUCUCCACACUCCGUAAGCAUGCGAAUACGUGCCUGAGUGACUAUGAGGCGACCGGUGACCGCACCACCUGGAUGUUUCGUCACCCCGUGCAGCUGGUUCUCAUCAUGGAGCAACUGCUCUGGACGCGUGGGGUGGAGGAGGCGCUUGGGCAGCCAGACUCGGAUAGUCUUAUGUCGACCUUUCGCGAGGAAUGCUACAAAACACUGGAGGAGCUCGCAGGUUUGACAGCAAAGCAGCUGUCGAAGGUGCAGCGCAUUCUUCUCUCCACGCUCAUCACCAUCGACGUGCACGGCCGUGACUUGGUGGAUGAAAUGUGUGACAAUGGCGUGUUGGAGCCAAAGGAGUUUGGCUGGACAAAACAGCUGCGCGUGUAUUGGGAGCAAGACGAGGAUGGGCACGGGAAUAUUUUUAUUCGGCAGAACAACUCACGUUUUGUGUACGGCUACGAGUACUUGGGGGCGCAGGGGCGCCUUGUCAUCACCCCGCUCACGGAUCGUAUUUACAUGACGGUGACUGGGGCACUGAAGCUGAACCUCGGCGCCGCGCCUGCGGGCCCUGCAGGAACCGGAAAGACCGAGACCGUGAAGGACUUGGCGAAGAACUUGGCCCGCCAGUGCAUCGUGUACAACUGCUCCGAUGGUGUGACGUACAAAAUGAUGGAGAAGUUUUUCUCCGGCCUCAUUCAAACAGGGGCGUGGACCUGCCUGGACGAGUUUAACCGUAUCAACAUUGAGGUGCUUUCCGUGAUUGCCUCACAGUUGCUGGAGAUUAAAAUUGCCCUGCAAAACGGGCUUGAGACCUUUACGUUCCAAGGCAGCCCCAACGUGCGAGUGCGGCGCACCUACGGUGCCUUUGUCACAAUGAAUCCUGGGUAUGCGGGGCGUACCGAGCUGCCAGAUAACCUGAAGAUUCUCUUCCGACCCGUGGCCGUCAUGACACCUGACUUCCGCAUGAUUGCCGAAGUGAUUCUCUACUCAGAGGGCUUCACGAACGCCAAGGACCUCUCACUUAAGAUCACUCAGCUGUACAAACUCAGCUCCGAGCAGCUUUCGCCGCAGGACCACUACGACUUUGGGAUGCGUGCACUCAAGUCCAUUCUUGUCAUGGCGGGUGACCUAAAAAGAUCCCAGCCAGAUGUGGAGGAAGACCUCACCCUCAUUGUUGCAUGUAAUGACUCCAAUGUGCCCAAGUUUGUCGCGGAGGACCUUCCGCUUUUCAGAGGUAUUAUGCAGGACCUUUUCACCGGUGCCACCUUUCCUGAGCGGCAGUACGUGGAGUUGCUACCCGCCAUGCAUAAGAGCAUUGAGGCAAAUAAGUUGAAGGCUCUCGACACGUGGGUGACGAAGGGUAUCCAGUUUUAUGAAACACUUAUUGUGCGUCACGGCGUCAUGCUGGUCGGCGUCACUGGAACGGGCAAGACGGAGAUUCGAAACUGCAUCGCCGAUGCCCUUGGCACGAUGUCUGGGGCAGGGUCAAACAAUCCCAUGGCUCGGCCCGUGCAUCAGUUUGUGAUGAAUCCCAAGUCUGUCCUGCUGUCCGAGCUGUACGGUCAGUUAGACGUCAACACGAAUGAGUGGCGCGACGGUGUUUUGGCGGUGAUUGCGAAGAAUUGCGUUAGUGACUCGGAGCUCAAUAAAGAUCAUCGCUGGAUUGUCUUUGAUGGUCCGGUGGACACGCUGUGGAUUGAGUCCUUAAACUCCGUCCUUGACGACUCCAAGUUGUUGUGCCUUGACAGCGGCGAGCGCAUCAAGCUCCCCGAGACCAUUCACAUGCUCUUUGAGGUUGCAGACCUUGCCGUUGCCUCCCCCGCCACCGUCUCACGGUGCGGCAUGGUGUACCUCGACGCCAUGGACCUUCACUGGAGCGCCGUGGUGCAUCACUGGACGGAGUCUAAGCUGGCCGACGCGGGCGGUGAGCCGCAGUGUCGUGAAUUCAUUCUUUCCCUGUUCAACGCGUACGUGCAGAAGGGGUUGGAUUGGCUUGCGCAACAGAAGGUGCUCAUCGGGGCUGGGGUGGUGAAUGUGGUUCAGUCCUUGUGUGACCUUUUCACCGCCCUCAUACACGCCAACGCGGUGACGCUGAUGCCGGACCCGCAGGGGGAGACGACGUUGCCCUUCGACUCCAAAGUUUUCAAGGAACGUAACGAGGUGUGCGGGCUACUCUUCGUCUUCUCCUUUGUGUGGUCUAUCGGUGGCAAUGUGGAUCCGGCGGCCAUGGACCAGUUUGACACCCUGGCACGAAGCCUGCUAGAGACGGUGGCUCGCUUUCCAAACAGCGGCUCCGUGUAUGACUACAAGAUUGACUUUUCGACGCGGCUCUUCGUCCCGUGGGAGACGAACAUGGAGGAGUUUCGCUACGACCUCACGGUGCCCUACUUUGACAUCCUCGUACCGACCGUUGACACCGUGCGCUACAGCACCCUGGCGAGGACGUUGAUUCACUCCGGCAAGCCGCUGCUCUUUAACGGCCAGACGGGUGUGGGGAAGAGCGUCAUCAUGAUGGACUACCUGAGGCGUCACAAGGAGGAGCAGCAGCUGUCGGUCAUCGUCUUUCAAUUUUCCGCCCAAACCUCCUCCGAGCGGACGCAGGAGCUGAUUGAGUCGAAGCUGAAGCACAAGCGCAAGAACAUUCUUGGGGCCCCGCCCGGGCGAAAGGUAGUUCUCUUCAUUGACGAUCUCAACAUGCCGGCGCUUGAGACGUUCGGUGCCUCGCCGCCGAUUGAACUGCUUCGGCAAAUGAUGGGGAAUGGCGGUUUUUACGACCGCAAGCUCGCCGGGUUCUGGAAACACGUGCAGGACGUGACGGUUGUGGCGGCGUGUGGGCCACCAGAAGGUGGGCGAAAUCCCGUGACGGCGCGACUCACACGCCUCUUUCAUUUACUGCUCAUCCCGACGCUGAACGAUGACUCGAUGAAGCGCAUUUUCCACUCCAUCCUGCAAGGCUUCUUCCAGGCAAAGAACUUCAGUGGAGAGGUGCGGGACAUGGCUAAGUCGCUUGUGAACGCCAGCGUCGACAUAUUUAAUAAAGUCCGUGACGCGAUGCGACCGAAGCCGACGACACCGCACUAUACGUUUAACCUGCGCGACCUGGCGAAGGUGUUCCAGGGCAUUACGCAGGUGACCCCACGUGUAUGCAAAGUGAAGCGCUCCGUCACCCGUCUGUGGAUUCAUGAACUCUUGCGGUGCUUCUACGAUCGUCUGGCGACGCAGGAGGACCGCUUGUUCUUUACCGAGGAGCUUAUGAUGGACUCUUUGACACGUUUUCUUGCCGGCCAGCACUCACACGCGGACUACUUUGAAGGGGAUCCGCUUGUCUGGGCAGACUUCCUCCGCAUAGGUGCCGUGGAUAGGACGUAUGAGGAGUUGACCGAUUUCAAGAAACUUCCAGGGCUUUUUAGCGAGUACCAGGACGACUACAACGCGUACAUGAGUGGGGGAACUGUUCGUGAGGAGGACGGCGGCGGCGGCGGCGGUGGGAACUCGUUCCUGAACCUUGUCUUUUUCAAAGAUCACUGCGAGCACUUGGCGCGCAUUAUUCGUAUUCUGCGCCAGCCACGCGGUAAUGCCCUCUUGGUGGGGGUUGGCGGCUCAGGGAAGCGCUCGCUAACGCGCCUCGCCGCCUCCAUCGCUGAGCGGAAGACGUUCGAGAUCUCCGUGGGUAAAGGGUACUCCAUGAACGAGUUCCACGAGUUCCUCCUGGAGCUCUACACCACCACCGGGGUUCACUGCAAGCCCUCUGUCUUCCUCAUCUCGGACGAUCAAAUUGUGCACGAGGGGAUGCUAGAGGACGUGAACAGCAUGCUCAACUCUGGGGAGGUGCCAUCGCUCUUCACGCCGGAUGAGCGGGAGAAGCGUGUGAACGCCUGCCUCGAGGCCGCCCAGGAACGCGGAAUUACCGACCGCGACGACGUGUACAACUUUUUUAUUUCGCGUGUCCGUGAUAACACGCACAUUGUCCUCUGCAUGAGUCCCGUCGGGGACACGUUUCGCACCCGCUGCCGCCAGUUUCCGUCCCUCACAAACUGCUGCGUCAUCGACUGGUUCGACGAGUGGCCCAGGGAGGCCCUUCUCGGCGUGGCGCAGCGCCUCUUUGAGGACGCCGAGAGCGGUGUGUCGAACCAACUCCUGCCGGUGCUUGCACCGCUCUGCGUGGAUAUUCACACCACGGUGAUUGCUGUGGCGCAGGAGUAUUGGGAGGAGCUGCGGCGGCGCUACUACAUCACCCCGACCACGUACCUGGAGUUUAUUGAGUUGUACAAGGCGCUUUACAACGAGCAGCGCGCCCUACUUGAGGAGCAGCUCUCGCGUGUCGUGAACGGCCAACAAAAGAUGCGGGAGACGGAUGAGACCAUUGCCAAAAUGAAGGAGGAGAUUGAGACCAAGCGCCCCCUCUUGGAAAAGGCGUCUAAAGAGACGGAGGAGGUCGUGGCCGACCUCACCGUGCGGCAGGCGAAGGCCAGCGAGGUGCAAGUGCAGGUGAAGGCACAACAAGAGAGCGCGGCAGAGCAGCAACUGCAUGCCUCGCAUAUUGCCAACGAGGCGAAUGCACGUCUGGCGGAGGCCAAGCCCAUCAUCGACAAGGCCAAGGCGGCGCUUGACACCAUUCAGGCUAGCGACCUCAACGAGUUGCGUUCCUUUGCAAAUCCUCCCUCCGCCGUUCUCAAGACAACGCAGGCUUGUAUGGUGAUGUUUGACCCGAAGGACUUUGGCGGCGCGUGGUCCGGCAACACAGACUGGAAAGGGGCGCGUGAGUUUUUGUCGUAUCGUCCACUGCUGGACAUGGUCCGCAGCUACCCCACCGACAAUGUAAAGCCCGCUAUUCUGAACAAAAUCCAAAAGUACGUCAACGAUGAGGAGUUUACGGUGGAGAUUUGCUCACUGAAAGGGUCCCAGACAUGCGGCAGUCUUUGUGCCUGGGUGCGUGCCGUGAAUGAGUACUCCAAGGUGGUGAAGGAGGUGGCACCAAUGCGUGAGGCGGCUGCGGAGGCGGAGCGCCAUCUUGCCGAAACGAAUGCGAAGUUACGUGAGGCUCAAGAGCAGCUGUCUGGUGUGGAGCUGGAGCUUGCCGAGUUGCAAAAGAACUACGAAACCAGUUCUAAACGGAAGCAGGACUUGGAGGAGGGCCUUAAGAUCUGCAUCCGACGCCUUGAAAACGCGGAGAGUUUGUCGAAUUCACUUAAGAGUGAGGGGGUGCGUUGGGAGGCGAAUAUUACGCAACUGCGUGGGCGCAUUGAGUUACUUCCGCUUCAGUGCUUCAUGGCAAGCGCGUGUGCGGCGUACUUUGGUGCCUUCACCCCCCGUUUUCGCAAGCAUCUCGUUCGGCUCUGGCUUGAGAAGUUGGGCGAGCAUGGACAGGAGAUGAGGGAGUUUAGCCUGUGCCAGACGCUGGGCGACCCCAUGGACACCCUCACGUGGCAGAUCAACGGCUUGCCCACGGAUGAGAGCUCCACGGAGAACGCCAUCGUGGCUUCCCUCUCCACGGCCCCGCGUCGCUGGCCGCUCUUUAUUGAUCCCCAGGAACAGGGCUUGAAGUGGCUGGUGCAGCAGUACGCGGGGGUUGGCAGCGGUGCGGGGGGAGCCAAGACCCUCACAAAGACUGCCGCCACCGCCGCCGUGAAGGUGAUCAAGCUGACGGAGCCCAGCUGGAUCCGCACGCUUGAGGUGCAGAUACGCCUAGGCGGGGUGGUGAUCUUAGACGAUGUCGGGGAAACGCUGGACCCCGCCCUGGAGCCCCUCCUCUCGCGGCGCAUCUUCGCCGCUGAAGGGGGCUCGCCUCAAAUCAAACUUACCCCACAGUCUGGCGCCAUCGACUACCACCCCAACUUUCGCUUCUUUAUCUGCACAAAGCUGCCGAACCCGCAUUACCUGCCAGACAUCAGCACCAAACUGACGCUGUUGAACUUCACGGUCACGCUGGAUGGCCUCGAGGAGCAGCUGCUGGGGGAGGUUGUCUCCAUUGAGAAGCGAGAACUGGAGGAGGAGAAAAACCGCAUCAUUCAGUGCAUCUCUCUGGGGCAAAAGAAGCUGAAGGUGAUCGAGGAAACCAUUCUCAGCAAGCUCAAGAACACCAAAGGGAACAUCUUGGACGACAGCGAGCUCAUCGCCGAGUUGAAGUCGGCGCAGUCGAAUGCGCAGGUUCUUAGUGAAAACCAAAAAGACGCCAGUGAUAAGAUGAAGAUUAUCACGUCAACACGUGACCGCUACCGCGACGUGGCGGUGCGUGCCUCCGUUAUCUUUUUUGUCCUCGCCGACAUUGCCCGCAUUGAUCCCAUGUACCAGUACUCACUGCAGUUCUUCAUCAAGCUGGUUCAGCAUGAGGUGCAGGUGACGGAGAAGCCGGAGGCAUACUCAGAGAAUAAUCAGGUGAUGCUGCAGGAACAUCUUGAGAACAUCAUUUAUAGGCUGACCUUAACCACGUAUAAGCAGCUUUGUCGUGGUCUAUUCAACAAGGACAAGCCCAUCCUUUCGCUGCUGAUUUGCACCGCCAUCGAGCGUCAAGAGCGCAGUAUACUGGAGGAUGAGUGGCAGUACUUUAUCCGGGCGUCUGCUCUGGUGCCAAGCGAGUUGCCACCGCUACCAGAAGGUUUAUCGUUUUUGUCGCGGCAACAGUGGGAACUUACCGUGGCGCUCUUUCGCAAUGUGCAUUGCUUCUGUGACUUGGAGAAACACUUGUUGGAGGAUAUGGAGUCGUGGAAGGAGUUCAUUCACUCGGAUGCCCCGCAGGAUGUCGAACUGCCCGGGAACUGGAACGAGAAGCUGAACGCAUUUCAGCGCAUUUUAUUGAUUCGAUGCUUCCGUGAGGAGAAGUUGUACUUUGCGCUAACCGACUACGUAAGUUACACGAUGGGGCAACACUUCGUGGACCCGCCACCGUUCAGUCUGGAGGUUGCGCUCUCCGACAGUUCCCCAACCGUGCCCAUUGUGUUCAUUCUCUCGCAGGGGGCGGAUCCAAUGGGGGCACUGCAAGCCUUUGCGCAGAGUCAGGAACGCUCGCUGCAGUACGUCUCGCUUGGUCAGGGACAAGGCGACAAUGCCAAACGUCUCAUCGCGACGUGCAGGAAAAACGGUUCGUGGGCCCUGCUGCAGAACUGUCACUUAUCGAAGACCUUCAUGCCCGAGUUGGAGCUGCAGGUGGCCGCGUUGCAGCAGCCCGGCGCCAGCAUCCACGCAGACUUCCGUCUCUGGUUGACGUCGAUGCCCACCGACUUUUUCCCCAUCUUUGUCUUGCAAAACAGCAUCAAACUGACGAACGAGCCUCCAACUGGUCUCAAGGCGAACAUGGCCCGCUGCUUCGGUGAAAUCACAGAGGAGGAGUUUGAGGUCUUUGGUGCCGACCAGCGGAUGGGCAACUACUCCAAAGCCGAGGCCUUUAAGAAGCUGCUCUACGGCUUGUGCUUCUUCCACUCCGUGGUGCUUGAGCGAAAGAAAUUUGGCCCCCUAGGCUGGAAUGUGCGCUACGAGUGGAAUGACACCGACUUUCACGUGUCAAAGCAGUGGCUGCGUCUCUUUUUUGAGGAGCAGGAGGUAAUCCCGUGGGAGUCUCUUGAGUACAUCAUUGGUCAAAUCAACUACGGUGGCCGCGUGACGGAUCCUCAGGACCGUGGGACGCUUCAGACAAUCCUGCGUGCCUACCUUUGCCCCGCUAUCAUGAACAAAGACUUUAAGUUUAGCUCCAGCGGCAAGUACUACGCCCCACCGCCUGGAAGCCUCGCGAGCUUCAUGGAGCACAUUCAACAAAUGUCACUGGUGGAUGAGCCUGAGGUGUUCGGGAUGCACACCAACGCAAAUCUUCGUUAUCAACUGCAGGUCUCACAGUAUCUCAUGAGCACCGUCGUCUCCAUCCAACCACGUCUCGGUAGUGGCGGUGGGGCCGAAGGUGGGGCUGUGACGCCUGAGGAAGAGGUAAAACGAAAGUGUGAAGAGUUCGAGUCCACACUGCCGGAGGUGAUUUCGCGUGAGGAGGCCGGGCCAAAAAGUUUCACCACGUUGGAGAGUGGUCUGCCCAACUCCAUGUCCACGGUUUUGGCCCACGAGAUGGUGAAGUACAACAAGUUAAUUGUGGCGAUGCGUAAAUCGAUUCAUGAUCUACAAAAAGCCUUGCAAGGGCUGACGGUGCUUUCAGCAGACCUUGAUGCGAUGUAUGCAUCUUUCUUGACCGACCAGGUCCCUCGUCUCUGGAGCGCGGUGGGGUACACUUCUCUGAAGCCGUUAGGCUCGUGGUACCGUGAAUUCCUGCAGCGGGUGCAGUUUAUUCGCACAUGGGUGCAGAAGGGGGAGCCGGCCUGUUUCUGGAUUGGCGGUUUCUUCAAUCCGAGCGCCUUCAUGACCGGCGUGUUUCAGGCCUUCUCGCGUGCGGAGAGGGUCUCCGUCGACAAAUUGGGCUUCCGCUUUCAAAUGAUAGAAGAGGAGGCGGAUAAUAUUCGAGCGGGGCCAGAGCGCGGGUGCUACGUGUACGGCAUCUUCACCGACGCCUGGCGCUGGGACCAAACGCGCGGCGUCAUGGCGGACUCGCUGCCGGGGGAGCCGUACGCGUCGCUGCCGGUGGUGCACUUCCUGCCGGAGCCGCAGCACAAGAUGGGCGCCGAGUGGCACCGCGUGCCGUUGUACCGAACGGUGGUGCGGGCAGGCGUCAUCUCCUCCCUGGGUGCCAGCUCCAACUACGUGCUCUCCCUCGAGGUGCCGACAGACAAGGGGUCGGACUACUGGCAGCUGAUGGGCGCCGCCUGCGUCUGCGCCCUCGCCAUAUAG